AUUACAUUUCCUCAGAAAGGCUUGGUAACAUGUCGCACUAAAAAAGCGGCGGUGAAAGAUAAAAGUUCACUUUAACAAGCAUGAAACAGAUAGCGAACGCAGAUAAUCCGGAAAGAGGUUCAUUUGGCCACUUUUCAACCAUCCUUCCCGCUUAUUCGUAGCGAGCACAGAGAAGAUAGGCAGCAGUAGUAGCUCCGCCCUCGGUUACUGCAGUUCCUUACAAGCGCUGGCUGCAGAGUACACCUUGGUUGGAGACGAAAUGCAAAAACGCUGCACUGUAACCAGCGAACCUCUUUUUCUUUCUUUUUUUUCUGUGAUCGCCAUCGAGGAGUUCGCGUGUGGAUUAUAAGUGGGAUUAAUGAAUGAUUGUCAAUAUGGAUUAAUCACCAGAUUAUGGUUUGCAGGACGGACGGUGCGUCUGCACGCUGCUUCUAUAAUAGCUCUGCAAUGUAUCAAGCGCUACGGACGUCUUUACUGUCAAGUGCCCGUUGCUGGGAUGCCGACAGUGAGCGGUCCUACCAGGUUCUGUUUGAUAAACUUGACACUAAUAAAGAUGGGAAGGUGGAUGUGGCUGAGUUACGAGUGGGCCUCAAAGCGAUGGGGAUAUUUCGCCACGGUGCUGCACAGAAAAUUGUGUCAAAUGGAGACCAAAACAACGAUGGAACUUUGGACUUCAAUGAGUUUACCAAAUACCUGAAGGACCAUGAGAUGAAGCUUUUGCUGACUUUCAAGAGUCUGGACAGAAACAAUGAUGGGCGCAUUGAUGACACAGAGAUCCAGCAGGCUCUUGCAGAGUUGGGUAUACAUGUCAGCAAGGAGGAAGCCCAGAAAAUUUUACAAAGCAUGGACAUUGAUGGGACCAUGACGGUUGACUGGAACGAGUUCAGGGAGCACUUCCUGCUGUACCCUGCCUACAACCUGGAAGAGAUCAUCCGCUACUGGAAGCACUCAUCGGUGCUGGACAUUGGUGACAGUCUGUCCAUCCCGGAUGAGUUUACAGAGGAAGAGAAGCGGUCAGACGAGUGGUGGAAGCAGCUGGUUGCAGGUGCAGUGGCAGGUGCCGUUUCUCGCACGGGUACAGCCCCUCUGGACAGACUCAAGGUCUUCAUGCAGGUUCACUCGUCCGCAGCUAACAAGAUAAGCCUGACUGGAGGGUUCAGACAGAUGAUAGUAGAAGGAGGUCUGAUGUCACUGUGGAGAGGAAACGGGAUCAAUGUUUUAAAGAUUGCGCCUGAGACUGCAAUCAAAUUCAUGGCAUACGAACAAUAUAAGAAGUUGUUAACUUCAGAGGGAACGAAGAUAGAGACUCAUAAGAGGUUCAUGGCGGGGUCCAUGGCAGGGGCCACAGCACAAACAGCCAUCUACCCAAUGGAGGUUUUAAAGACUCGGUUGACCUUGAGGAAAACUGGCCAGUACGCAGGAAUGUUUGACUGUGCCAAGAAGAUCCUGAGGAAAGAGGGUGUUAUCGCUUUUUAUAAGGGCUACAUUCCAAACUUAAUUGGCAUUAUUCCCUACGCUGGGAUAGACCUCGCUGUUUAUGAGACUUUAAAGAACACUUGGUUGUCACAUCACACCAAAGAUUCGGCCAACCCUGGAGUUCUGGUGUUGCUGGGCUGCGGGACCAUCUCCAGCACAUGUGGCCAGCUCGCCAGCUAUCCUCUGGCACUGAUACGUACACGGAUGCAGGCGCAAGCGUCCCUGGACAUGUCAGACCAGCCCUCCAUGAGUUCUCUGCUGAGGACUAUUGUUGCCAAAGAUGGUUUCUUUGGCCUCUACCGGGGCAUCCUGCCAAAUUUCAUGAAAGUCAUUCCAGCUGUCAGCAUUAGCUAUGUGGUUUACGAGUACAUGAAGACUGGCUUGGGACUCUGAAAAUGAGCACUCAAAGCAUUUGUUAGACUUGAAAACAAGCAAAUCUCCAUAACAUGCAGCGCAUGACUUUAUCACUGGAUGGAAAGCUGUUUGUAUGUUUUAAGAAUUGCCUGCCAAUAGUGUUUUAAUCAAUUGUGGUGUGCAUGCUUUAUUUUUAGUCUUAAGGUUGCACAUUUCACAGUCCCUUACACACAGUCCACAAACAAUGCUUGACAAAGAAAAUGUCUGUAGAUUAAAAAACACCUAGUAAAUGGUCUUAUUCAUAAGAUAUUAUUUUUUUAGGUCCUUAUGAAACAAAAAAUGAGACGCAAUGUGAUUAUCUUUAUUUAUAUAU